UCUAACAGUGUCGGUGCUCGCGUGUGUUCGAAGGAAGGCGUUCUGGAGCGGUUCGCGGCCUUGCAUCAACGUUAUGCGAGCGAAAAGGAAUAAACAAGUUUUGUUUUGUAUCGUUUCCAUGCACACGAGUGAAACCGUUGGAUAAAUACAAAGCGAAGUCGCGGGAUGGUUAAAUGGUCUUAAUCUUACAUGAUUGAGUUGGCAGAAUGUAAAGGAGUGAAGUGAAUACAAUCAGCAUCAGUGUUUUAUAUUAGUAUAUAUUUUAUUUCUUUAUGACGAUGGCCUACCCAAAUUAUAGCUCACUAAACCGAGCUCAGCUCACCUUUGAAUAUCUGCACACAAACUCGACAACCCAUGAGUUUCUUUUUGGCGCUUUGGCUGAACUUGUGGACAACUCGAGAGAUGCAAAUGCCACACGGAUAGACAUCUUCACAGAGAAGAGACCGGACCUGAGAGGAGGUUUUAUGCUCUGUUUCCUUGACGAUGGCACUGGAAUGGAACCCAGUGAAGCCACACACGUUAUCCAAUUUGGCAAAUCCAGCAAACGCUUUCCAGAAUCCACUCACAUCGGCCAGUAUGGAAAUGGAUUGAAGUCGGGUUCGAUGCGAAUCGGCAAGGACUUCAUUCUUUUCACCAAAAAAGACAACAAAUUAACCUGUUUGUUUUUGUCACGAACAUUUCACGAAGAAGAAGGGCUGGAUGAGGUUAUCGUUCCAUUGCCCAGUUGGGAUUUGCAGACCCAGCAACCUCUGUCUCAAGACACAGAGAAAUACGCAACUGAAACCGAACUGAUCUUUAAGUAUUCUCCUUUUAAAAAUGAAGAGCAACUGUUUCGUCAGUUUAAGAAGAUUGAAGGACCAAGUGGCACUCUUGUUGUAGUUUAUAAUCUAAAGUUGAUGGACAACAGAGAGCCAGAGUUAGAUGUGGAGACGGACCACCAGGACAUUAUCAUGGCUGGGACACCCGUAGAAGGAGUGAAGCCAGAGAGAAGGUCCUUUCGUGCGUAUGCUGCGGUCCUUUACAUCGACCCCAGAAUGAGGAUCUUUAUUCAGGGCCACAAAGUCAGAACCAAAAGAUUGUCCUGUUGCUUGUAUAACCCCAGGAUUUACAAAUACACCUCAACGCGCUUUAAAACCCGAGCAGAACAGGAAGUCAAGAAAGCAGAUCACCUCGCAAAACUCGCUGAAGAGAAGGCGAAGGAGGCGGAGAGUAAAGCCCGAGCGCUGGAGCUGAAGCUUGGUGAUGAUUUAUCCAAAGAAGCCAGGGCUGCGCUGAGAAAAGCACAAGAUUCAGCUGGAGCCCUGCGCUCAGAAGCUACCAGAAAACAAGCCAUCCAUGCAUCCAAACAAAAAGCUUUGAAAGAACCCAAGGAACUGAACUUCAUAUUUGGCGUGAACAUCGAAAGACGAGACCAGGAUGGGAUGUUCGUCUAUAACUGCAGCCGUCUCAUUAAAAUGUACGAGAAGACGGGACCACAGCUGGAGGGAGGAAUGGCGUGUGGUGGAGUUGUAGGAGUGGUGGAUGUUCCCUAUCUAGUGCUUGAACCAACACACAACAAGCAAGACUUUGCAGAUGCUAAAGAGUACAGACACCUGUUGAGAGCAAUGGGAGAAUAUCUCGCCCAAUACUGGAAGGACAUUGGUAUAGCUCAGAAAGGUAUAGUCAAAUUCUGGGAUGAGUUCGGUUAUUUGUCGGCGAACUGGAAUUCGGCCCCAUCAAAAGAACUUCGGUUUCGCCGACGAAGAGCCAUGGAGAUACCGGUCACCAUUCAGUGCGAUAAAUGCUUAAAAUGGCGGACGCUGCCAUUUCAGAUGGAUGCUGUGGACAAGCGCUACCCAGACAGCUGGGUGUGUCUCAUGAACCCAGAUGGAACCCAAGACAGAUGUGACGCCCCUGAGCAGAAACAGAAUUUGCCCGCCGGUGUUUUGAAAAAAGACACCAAGACGUCAGAGGACAAACAGAAAGAUUUAUCGGAAAAAAUCCGCCAACAGCAGGAAAAACUGGAGUCCUUGCAGAAAACGUCGACAAUUAAAUCGACAGCAGAUAUAAAACAGCUUCCUCUAGAUGUCAGUGCAAAACCUGCAGAAGAGCGCACACCUCAGCCGACCCGCUCAUCACAGCGAGCGGCACAACGCCCGCGCUCACCGCCUCUUCCUGCUGCAGUUAAAAGAGCCGUCAGUCAGCAACCAGCAACGAAAACCCCGCCUCCUAAACCAGCGCCCCCCUCACGUCCUGCACGGACCCCACCAGCCCCUCCACCUAAAGCUAAGGCAUCACCCGCUCCUCCUACCACAAAGGUGACAAAGGCCGCUCCCAAACCCGUAGCUCCGCCCCCAGCCCCACCUUCAAAAGCACCUGCUCGCAGAAGUGCCACUCAGAGCCGCGUUGCUACACCAUCGUCUACCAAAACUCCAGUCAAACAAACUCCACCCAGCAAGAAAGUAAAUGCAAAGAAGGGUAAAGCCCAGAAAGUAGAAGAUGAGGAGGAAGAGAGUGAAGAGGAAGAGGAGGAAGAAGAAGAAGAGGAAGAAGACGAGGAGGAAGAGGAUGACAGUGUGUCAGAAGAGGAUGAACCUCAGCCAAAAAAAUCUAAGAUGGCGGCGACCGCUCCGAGUCGAGGAAAAGCUGUGGUGGAAAAAAUCCAAGCACCACCCAAACAGACCAUCACAGAGAGUGUCAGUAAUAGCACUAAUGAAGAUCUAAAGAAAGAUGCAACAAAAAAUGCGCAGAAAGAUAAAGGCAUUCAGGUUGAGGCGAAGGUGAAUGGAGAGUGGUUCACAGGUCGCGUGACCGCGGUCGAAGCAGGGAAGGACAACGUACGCUGGAAGGUCAAGUUUGACUACGUUCCUAUGAACACUCCUAGAGACAGAUGGGUGUUUAAAGACAGCGAUGAGGUCCGUCUUAUGCGUCCCGCCUCUCCUGAGUCACGAAGCCCAGACACCAAUCAGGGUCCACCUGCUCGAUCUGUAACUCCGCCCACCGCUGCAGAGCCCGACACGACUCAGAGUGGGCCGAGCAGAGAAACGACCGAAGGUCUUGUGACUAUGAUGAGGACGUUGCUUCGGUAUUUUUUCCCGCCGGAUUUCCGAAUCCCUAAAGAUUCUGUGAACACUAUGAGCGCAGAGGACCUUGUGGCUUUUCCACUUAAAGAGUAUUUUCAGCAGUAUGAGGCCGGGCUACAAAGCUUGUGUAAUUCCUACCAGACCCGCGCAGAGUCACGCGCACGAGCCGUAGAGGAGAAGAGCAGCGGGGCGGAGACUAAACUACGAGAGUCUGAGGAGAAACUACGCAAACUACGAACAAACAUCGUAGCUCUGCUGCAGAAAGUUCAGGAGGACAUAGAGAUCAGCUCUGAUGAUGAGCUAGAUGCCUACAUUGAAGAUCUGGUCACCAAGGGAGAAUGAAACUCGGCAUCUCUUCAGUUUAACCCUCCUUUAUUUUCACUUUUUAGUGCAACUGUUGGUCACUGAAGAUGAUUACCGAUUGGCCAUGUUUUUCACCCCUCCAUCUGUUGUGACAAUAACCUGACUGCCAACUUCAACGUAAUCUUCCGUUCAAAAGCAUCGCUCAGACCGGCAGCCGACUCCAGGAUUAGUGCUCUCCGUUGAACUUUUGGUCCACAGGUUAAGAGAUUUAACAGGUUUUGUAGAACCUGCCGUUUGCCAUGUUUAUUUGGUUUCCCAGAUCUUAAGGUUUCGUGUUGACCUGUUUAUCGGAGCCUCAGUGUUGUAAAGCUUCAUUCUCGACUCUGAACUGCUGAAGAGUCUGUAGCUGUUUUUACGGCUCACAGGGACUCCUUGAAAACCAGACUACGAGUGAGUUUGAAAAUGAGCUUUAACUUGCUGCUAUGUUAUCCGAAUCGUCUCAAGUUUGAGUUACUUCAAGUUUCUUGAUUUCCAUAUACAUGGAUGAUUUGUGUUGUUUUAAAUUUUACCUUUCCGUUACCAUUUUGGGAAUAAACACUGAUUCGAUGCUGUUAACCUCGUUUAGUUACAGUAUUUAGUCUUCAUCUUUAUAUCUAAAAAUACUUUUUAAAAAGUUUUAUUAAAACAGUACAAUAAAGCUAAGAAUGUACAUGUGGUUCUUAUGAUGCUCUUCGU